AUAACAUCCUCUUUAUGAUAUCAGCCCAGGAAUUAAAGCUAAAGGUAGCAGGGAUCGCUUGGAUUUCCUUCACGUAGAAGUGAAAACAAACUAGGUGUAUACUGGGGUGGUAGCUAUACAAUAUUUUACCAUAAUAUGGACCAGCACCACUCGCAGGUUCAUCAACAGGUCUCAUCAGAAUUGGAAAAUGGAGAUGUUAACUAUAAGGAAGGCUUGAACAGCAAUAACAUUAAGGGGGGUUUUGUCAAUGGGAAGACACCACAGAAUGUUUCAUCUUCAAUUAUUCGAAAGAAAUCCGAUCCAAUGCUUGUUUCAUCAAAUGUUCGGUUUGAAAUGCUUGGCUAUUUCUUGACCAAUCUUCAAGAAGUGAUUCUUGGAACUAAGCUGGCUGUUCUCUUCCCAGCCAUUCCUCUAGCAAUUGCUGCUGACUAUUAUAAGUUCGGAAGAUCUUGGAUAUUUGCUCUGAGCUUGCUAGGACUCACCCCACUAGCAGAACGUGUCAGCUUCCUCACUGAACAAAUUGCAUACUUCACAGGUCCAACAGUUGGAGGACUCCUUAAUGCAACAUGUGGCAAUGCAACCGAGCUGAUAAUAGCAAUACUCGCUCUUUACCAGAACAAAAUACAUGUCUUGAAGUAUUCUCUUCUGGGUUCCAUUUUGUCAAAUCUCCUUCUAGUUCUUGGGACUUCCCUCCUAUGUGGAGGCUUAGCCAACCUAAAAAAGGAACAGAAAUACGAUAGAAAGCAGGCUGAUGUGAACUCAUUACUUUUAUUACUGGGGUUGUUGUGCCACAUGUUGCCACUAAUGUUCAGAUAUGCCAUAGGGGAAGGAACUGCCACUGCCUUCUCUACCCUUGAGUUGUCCAGAGUGAGCAGCAUUAUUAUGCUUAUAGCAUAUGUUGCUUAUAUCUUCUUCCAGCUAAAAACUCACAGGCAACUGUUUGAUGCUCAAGAGGAAGAUGACGAGGAGGAAGAAAAGGCAGUGAUAGGAUUUUGGAGUGCAUUUACUUGGUUGGCUGGCAUGACAAUUAUCAUAGCUUUGUUAUCUGAGUAUGUUGUGGGCACAAUUGAGGCUGCAUCAGAUUCUUGGGGCAUUUCUGUCAGUUUCCUCAGCAUAAUUUUGCUGCCAAUAGUGGGGAAUGCUGCAGAACAUGCUGGAUCGGUCAUAUUUGCUUUCAAGAACAAGCUGGACAUAUCUUUAGGUGUUGCUCUAGGUUCUGCCACUCAAAUUUCAAUGUUUGUGGUCCCUUUAUGUGUUGUUGUUGCGUGGACAAUGAACAUCCAUAUGGACCUUGAUUUCAGUCUCCUUGAAACCGGUUCUCUUGCUUUCACAAUAAUUAUCACAGCCUUCACUUUACAGGAUGGAACUUCACACUACAUGAAAGGGCUGCUUCUUUUCCUUUGCUACAUUGUGAUUGCCGCGUGCUUUUUUGUUCACAAAAUCCCUCAGAAUCAAAUCUCGCAAGGCAAACCAUUCAAUGGACUCUUUGCAGCUUAGCUGCAUUUACAUGCGGGGCUUGAUCCCUAGCAAAGAAUGGUCCACAGAUCAAUUUAUGUUCUUCAAUUCAUCUGUGAACCACCUGCAUUGGCAUUCUGGUAAGAGAGGAUGGUGUGGUAAACGAGAGCUUUCGAGUUACAAGGCCAUCAAAAGUUGAGACUGGUCUUUUCGGAUUUAGAAGGGAGCUCUGUAGAAGAAACAGAACUUCUCAUGGAACAAGUUUGUUUAUGGCUCUGUCUUUAUGUCUUCCUAAUAAUGUUUUGGUACUGAGUUGAAGUACAAAGCAGUGUCAAAAUGCAUAUAGUUUUUUUACCUAGCAGCUGUGAUUUCCAUGUAUUUGAUUUAAUUCACUGUAUCAUGUUGCUUACCACAAUAAUCUGUCUUCACUUCUUGCAAUGUAAUAAUCAAGUUAAUAAAGAAAACAACUUUGAAUAU